AUGGCUAGGACAGCACGAAGUGCGCUAGUGACGCUGCUUCUGUUGGCGCUCCUUCUAGCAUCAGCAUAUGUCACUCCUGCGUACUCGCGGUUCGUCUCCCAUCGGCGCAAUCUGGCCCUCAAGGCCCUCUCCCUCGAGUCCGACGCGCCGACGAAUUCCGUCCAGGUGCCAACGACCAGCGUGAAAGUGGAAGUCCUGACUGGUUCCCUUGUGAAUGGGGUCGUCGUGGGGGCCGGCGUGAUUGGUGAGGGGGAGGAUAACCUCACGGAGCCGCUGCCUGGGGGAGAAAAUGGUGGUGGCGCGUAA